AUGCAAGCUGGCGGCGGUUUUCAGUCUGCUCUAGCUUUGUUCAAACGAGCGGACGAGCGCGCCGCUGGCUUGAUCAGCCGCGCCAGCAUCAGACAUCUGUUUCGCUCUCUGGGUUUUCAUGAUGGUGACGUGGAGAACAUACUUCAGAGCGUCGGGUGUCCACAAGAAGACCCCGUCAUGUAUGAGCCACUCUUGAGAUGGGUGUUCGGCGAGGUCGCCGCCGACAAGUCAGAUUACUCCGACCAGAUCUCACCGUCACAAUACAUUGGGCUGCUUCGUGAAGGUCAAAGCGUAGGGCUUGAUCGUCUUCAUAGUUUGCGAGGGCGAUUGUGCCGUGGAAGAGAGCCGAAGCACUUCGCUACGCUGGGCCACGGCAUGAGUUGUUUUGUGCUGGGGGCAGAAGGCCUCAAGCUCUUCCUUGAUGCAGCCGCGCGGAAUGAUGGUGAUGGCGCUCCACUUGAAAUGCUGCUCACGAUUGGAUACGAUAUCCUCGACAUCUACGAGAAGUUGCAGGCUGGAUGGGUCUUCGAUCUUGUCGUGUGGAAAGCCGUUGACUACGACCCGCCGUGUGCGACGUGGGAGGGGGUUGCAAGUACCCUCGAAUCUGUUUACCCCGUUGCCGCUGAGCAUAUGCGAGUUCACUUAGCUGAAUUGCAACAACGUGGGUCUGGCGUGUCCUCACCUGCGGGCUACGCAGCCCUUCAAGCUCAGCAUCGUCCAGAGGUCAACGGCUACACUUUUAGAGCAGACGCGUCUCAACUCAAGUACGAAGACUUCUGCGCUCUCGCUUCGGCGGGGAAGUGCAGCGCGUCGAUGGUGCGCAAGUUCUUGUACGACUCGAUCGGGCUCAACGAUCUGUAUGCCGGCACAGGCUACACAAUUCUUGCUGAUGGCAGUCGUGGAAUCACAGAGUACAUUGCUCUCAACAUGCGACGUGGUGACUUGCAGCAUGAGGCGACCGCCCUUGGUGCACCCACCGUAACGGAGUGCUUGACGCGGAUUUCAAAGAUGUACGAGGUUCUGAUCACCCAAUCAAGCGGACUGCAGUCGUUCCAUCUGUCCCGUUGGUUGCCUGCUGAAGAGAUACCGCCGGCAGGAACCGGUAGGCGGAUCAGUCCAUCGCCCAAGGAUGUGGCAGAUAUGUUCCGCCGCGGCGAGCGCUUCUCGCCUGGUACGGUUCUGGACGGGUUGUGUUGCAGAUUGCAGGUAGGCAAAGACGCGUCAUGGUUUGCAACAACAGCAGGGCAGGUCAAAUGGGGCCGCAAGGUGAGCCUGGUUGGGGCAUCGGAUCAGAUUUUGCGUUUUUUGGAGAGCCCGCGGGCGCUUGAUUGCCUGCUCCUCGCGGGGCUGACGCUGUCAGACGCCCUUUUUUACGUGAAGACUGGUCGUGGCGUGCAGCUGACAAUUUGUCGGUAA